AUGUCUUCGUACGUGGUGGACGUCAUGUGGCAGCUCACCAACUGCUUCAACUGCUUCCCGAGCAAUCCGGCGCUCAAGAUCAAUGGCCGCUCGUACAAGAUCCUCCGUCUGCUCGGAGAGGGUGGCUUCUCAUACGUCUACCUGGUCCAGUCACCGCCGUCACCAAAUCUACAUGCUCUGAAAAAGAUCCGUUGUCCGUUCGGAGCCGAGUCGGUCGCCCUGGCUCUCAAAGAGGUCGAAGCAUACAGCUUAUUCCAGCCGCAUCCCAACAUCAUCCACGCCCUCGACCAUGCCGUCAUUCCAGAUCGCAGCGAUCCCUCAGCAAAGACCGUCUACAUCCUUCUCCCCUACUAUCGUCGCGGCAACCUGCAAGAUGCCAUCAAUGCCAACCUCGUCAAUGGCGCAAAGUUUCCUGAGCGCAAGUUGAUGGUUCUGUUCCGAGGUGUUUGUGAGGCCUUGCAAGCCAUGCACAAUUACAAAGUCGGAGGUGCUCCGGGUGCUAAGGGUGCACAAUCAAGAGCUAGGCGGGUACGAGCCGAUGCUGCAAGGGCCGACAGGGGAGAAGACCACGACAGGGACGACGAUGAUGAGCUGGGCGAUGCGGAGCCGCUGAUGGAGGGCGAGAUCACCAUGGCUCAAGAGGGAAUGUCUGAAGGCCAAGUCAGAGCAUAUGCACAUCGCGACAUCAAGCCUGGCAACAUCAUGAUUUCAGACGACGGCCAGUCACCAAUCCUCAUGGACCUUGGCUCGCUAGCCCCCUCACCCACGCCCAUCACAUCACGCGCUCUCGCACUACAAGUUCAAGACACAGCAGCAGAACACAGCACCAUGCCAUACCGCGCCCCCGAGUUAUUCGACGUCAAGACCGACUCCGUUAUCGAUACAAAGGUAGAUAUCUGGAGUCUGGGAUGUACCUUGUACGCCUGUCUGGUCGGCAAGUCACCCUUCGAGGCCCGUAGCGAAGAGACUGGUGGAAGUUUGAGUCUCUGUGUCUUGGGAGGCGAUUGGAGGUUCCCAGACGAGCACAACGCACAAGCAAAUAAGAGCAGAGGAAAGCAGAAGAUGCCUACCCAUGCCGAUGCUGCACCAACACACGAUGCCCCCAUCACUGAGAUGAUCAAGGAUGUGGUGAGGAGAUGUUUGAGCAUCGAGCCUUCGGAAAGACCAGAUGUUAAUGAACUGCUCGCCAUGGUUGACGACGUUAUUGCAGCUCUCCCAGAAGAUGGAGAUCCGUUGGAGGAUUAG